GAUGGGGGCUAAGACCUUUUGAAAAUCUUAUAAAGCUAAUACUCGUAUAUAAACAAAGCAUUAAGUGUAAAGCAUAUCACAAACAGUUUGCCGGUUCGUCGAAAACAGCUAACGGCUUUCACACUCGUGUAAAAAAACCGAUAAAACAAUGGAAAAUGACUUCGUUAUCAUCACGGAAAGAACGGCCAUAACAUUGGACCAGCUGAUGAAUUUUACUAUAACCCUUUACGAAGCACAUUGUUAUACACAGGUGCAACUAUCACGCGAUUUUAUAACGAAGUUGCUCAAAGAGCUGAAUGCAGUGCCAGAAAAAACCGAAUAUAUUCAAAGACAAAUCGUGCGCGCAACAAAUAUUUUGGAGACAAUUGAGAAGAGCAAUGCGAAUGAGUCGAAAAGUUGGCUUGACGAUGAACGACUCGCGCUUUUGAAUGGAACUAUACAAUUGUUUGUCGACUUAAAUGCAUUGACGAAGAGUAAUGAUACCGCAAGCGAGACAGUUAUCAUGAAAAAGGUGGUGGAUAAUGCCGAAUUGCAAGUGCUCUUCAAUUAUGUGGAUGAGUUGGUAAAAACGACCGAGCGAAACUAUAGCGCUGUUUUGCGUCAGUUCUUUCGUUUCCUAGGAGACGAAGAGCGCAAAUCGUUUCCGAUUAUAACCAAUUUGUACGAUGAAUAUCAGACGGCAUCAUUGGAAGGAAAAUUUAAGAUUAUAUUGAAAUUAUAUGAAAUGUUCAGCCACUACAAAAAUAAAUAAAAAUUUGGUACUUUUAA